GUGAAGAUUUUUCACGUUCAUGGCCUCUAAAGAUUUUGUGGUAGAAAAGACUGUUGUAAAAUGAAAACCAACCCUUUAUCAUCAAUUUCUUUAAGAAUAGUUUUCUGCUUCUCUUACCAACUUUUCAAAAAUAGCCAAAUUUCAUGAAAUUUGAAGGAAAAUACUCUAGACAAAUUUUUUUCAACUAUCUCUGAUCUGGCAAUGCUAUUAUUUUUACAAUGCUGCCUGAUUUGUAUGUGUUGAAAAAACAAAAAAAUUGGCGCUUUUCGGGCAUGUUUUUGAAAAGUAAAAAGUAAUUUGUUUUAAUUAAAUUAGAAAUGCCAUCACUUGUUUAAUGUGUGAUAGAAAGCUUUAAAAUAUUUGUAUUAAUGCUAUAACCUCAAAUCAAUGUAGAAAAUCGAACUGAAAAACACAUUGUUGAUUCCAGAAUUGUGUUAGACUGUGGGUUUUGAUCACUUGAAGUGUGGUCAAAAAUGAAACCUCCUCCAGAGGAUGGAAGCUUGGAAGAAAUUACUUCUUCUGGUUUGAAUCAUGAAAUUAAUGUCAUAAUUAUUCGAAGACCAGAUGAAAUAAAAAAGCCUGGUGAAACCACAUAUACUCUUGCCACUUUUGACAGAACUAAGGAAGGAGAAGAAUGGCCUGGUGAUGAAGUGUUAGAGAAAUUAAUUCCUGAAUUGCCAAAAGUGAAGGUUCCAGUGGUGAGCAAACCAGAAGUUCCAGCAAAAACAAACACUCUGCUCAAGAAUCGUGUUAGAAGGAAGCAUAAUCAAAAACCUGUGCAAAAAGAUAAUAAUCAUCGACCAAAACCUCCCCAUAAGAAAUUUCACUCUGAACGAUCAAGAAAACCUCCAUCAGUCUCAAAUAUUGAACCUUGGGUUCACAAACCUUGGGAAAAACAAGCAUUUUUCUCUGUUAAUGCUACUUCUCUGACUUCAGAAGUGCCUUUUAAUACCUUUCAACAACCAUUUCCUCCCAGGAUAAGCAGUAAUAAUUAUAAUUUUCCUAACAAUAGUGCUUAUGAAAGAAAUAUGAGACCUACUGGAGGACCAAAUAUUCCAAUUUUAAACAAUCAUCAUAGACCACCAUUAUCAAAUAGAAUACCUAGUGUUCCUUGUCCUUCUUUUCCACCACCAACUAGAUAUACCUGGCCUUCAAACAGAUUUUGUAGUACAUUUUCUGCUCCAAAUGUAGACUUUACUUGUCCACCUCAAAAUUCUGACUUAUUCACUGAAGGUCCCAUUGUAAGACAUCAGGUAAAAAAAGGUUUAUUGGGUGAUAGUCCAGUAUGCCUCAAUAUCCCAAUAGUAUCCAAUAUGCCUCAUACUACAAAUUUGCUUCCUAGAGAUGAAGGAAAUAUAGGUGAUCAAAACAGUUUUAUUUCAAAUACCAAAAAUAAUUCCAUGCAAGUAAGUUCAUAUGAUGGUAAUUAUGGAAGGAUUCCAGAACAAAAUUUUGAUAAUUAUGCAGAUGUCAAUGAAAUUUCCAUACAAAAUUCACGCGAUUCUUAUGAGCAUCCCAAUAGCACAGAUGAUUCUAGAAAUGAUUCAUUUAGAGAUACUAGUGAAACAAACUAUAGUAGGUUCCUGAAUUCUGGUAAUUCAGUUGAUAAUUAUGAAAACCAGUAUUGGAAUAAUUAUAAACAUUUAGAUCAUAACUAUCCAAAUGAUAAUAAUAAUAUAUUUUUAAAGACCCCAAGAGAUUCUUAUAAUACAAAUUAUGUGGAAUUUGAAAAGCCAUCUGCUGGAGUUAGUCAAUAUGAAAGUGAUUAUAUGGAAAUAGAGAAUGACGAUUUGUGUGAAAAUAAUUAUAAUGAGUGCCAAAUGUCUAGUAUACAAGAGACUUCUUUCAUGAACAAUUUGGGUCAAAAUCCAGAAGAAGAAUCUUUCAUUCAUGUAAAUAAUUCAACUAUUGUGUACAACCAAAGAGAUUUUCAAAAUGAUGGAUUUUCUGUAUCUACUGCAAAUUCUUCUUCUCCAGGAUCAAAUCCGAAUUUAGUGAGAAGAUUGAACAGGCCAUAUAUCCGUACUAAAAAUACACAACGGACAAAGAAACAAUGGACUAUGUAUAAAAAUACAAAUAACAGACAGAAUAGAGGAGGAAUUAAUAACAAAGGGCCACAAAGAUUCAACAGGAGAAGGAGACCUUUUCGAAAAUGAACGACAUGCAAUUACAUCUGUAUUGUUUGUAUAUAUAUUUUAAAUUAUUUCUCUGUGAUACGUGUUUUUUCAUUCAAAGCGAGUAACUGCAAAAGUGCCUUAUCUGAAGAUAUUUCAGAAUGCAAAUGUAUAUAAAUAAAAGUUCCCUUUGAAGGAGCUAAGAAAAAUAUUUUAUCUAGUGUCUGAAAAAAAAAAAAUUGCUUUUGAAAUUCAGAAAAAGGUCUAUAUUAUUUGAAUGUAAUUGUACUAUCUUCUUGUAAAUAAGUCUUUUGUUGAUGAAAAGUUAGUGUUUUAUUUUCCUUUUGUCUAUUUUAAUUUUUUACAAUGUUUAGCUUUAAAAAAAGCAUAUUCAAUACUGAAUAGCUUAAACUAAUUUGAGUUUGAAUGCGUAAUCCACUACCUCGGCCAAAGACAUUGUAAGAAAGAUUGCAGCUUUUUAAGGAAUGGAUAUUUUUAUUUCUCCACUUGAGUAUUCUCAGCAAUCCAAGAGCCUCAAGCACUUUCAUGUAUGUAUGUGAAAGCAUUUAACUCAAAUAAGAGAUUUAACUCUCCUAUGUGAGUAAUAUUCAACUCUUUUUAUUUAGUGGUUUAAUUCUUUGUCAUUGGAUGAAUUUAUUUAUUUAUCUUUUUCAUCAAGAAUUAACGUGAUUCUUCUAGAAUCAAGAUCUAGAAGAAUGUGUAAUUGUAACUUGAAACAUUUAAAUUAAUUUCAUUGAUAAAAUGUGGCAUGUAGGUUAAUUUGAUCUGCAAUAUAAAAAAAAAAGUUUCAUUAUUCCGUUUUAGCAUUGAAUAGCUAAAAUGAUUUCUUAUUGUUGCCAUUUUAGAAUAAUGCAUUAAAAUUUUUGAUGGAUUUUAUUUUUAUUAUUAUUUUUUUAAGUUUUAAAAUUUUUCACAUUUAUGUUAAUUUUUUGACAAAAUUAAUUUCUUUUUAAACCACAGUCAGAAGUGUUGUGAUAGUUUUUAAACAAUAUUAUAUCAAUUGAAACAAAAAGAACUGCAAUGGUUGCAUUAAAUUUUUGAUUAUAUAUAUAUAUAUAUUGAUCGAACCUUUUGUGAAGUAACAUUUUCAAAUGGAUUUAUAAUUUCCAUUUUCUUUCCUCUGUAAAUGUGUUUGGAAGAUUGCCACAUUUAGAAUGUCUAUUAAUCAUGAAUUACUAAUUAAUAAAUGGCCAGUAUUAUAUAUUUACUAUUAUUUAAAAAAAAUUCAAUAUUGGAUUUUUAAAAAGUUUCAGUUGGAAUUUUUUUUAAAAAAAUCUAACGCUGUGUGGGAUUGUUAUAGCUUGUAACAUUGAAAUUUUUACAAAUUUCAUUGACUCUCCAUUAUCAUAGACAGCUUAAACUGAUAAUCAAAGAAAUGCAAGAUACAUCAUUACCCUUUUUAUGAUCCUGAUGUAUUUGAAAUAGCUAAUUUAGAAAAAUUUAUUUCUGAUUACCAGCCAUUGAUGUUCUGUAUUAUGAAACUGUUUAAAAUGAAAGGUUUUAAUUUUCUGGAACUCGUUCUGUUAUUCUAAGAAACACAUUGCUUCAUGUGCUGGUGAUACAAUUACCUGUUACAUAUUAUAUUAUGUCGAUUUGAGAUCAUAAUUAAAAACUGAAGGGCAAAUUGUAAUAUGUAAUGAUAAUCCUAAUGAAUAGUAUCUCAUUUAUCUGGCAGAUCUCUUACUGAGUAAAAUAUUUUCAUUAUCUUUCCUUUGAGGCUCUUGGAUAGGUAAUUAAAAUGUGUUCAUUAUAUUAAUUUGAAUUAGUUUUACCUGUUGUGUUCAUCUUAGCAUUUGCUUGAGAUAUUAUUUUGUAUGUGUCAUAAUUUUUAUAUGUUUUUUGUCAGUGUAUGUUAUAACAUUCACUUUUUACAACUAAAUGAUUUAAUAGCAAAAGAUUUUGUUGAAAUGCCUUCCAAAAAUUUGGUAUUCUGUUGAUGCUAAAAUUUGCAUCACUGUGUCUUGCUAUGAAAAGUAUAGCUAAAUAGUUAUUUUUCUUGUUUUACAAAUUUAUUUUAAUUUCUUAUAUGUUAAGUUUACCAAAGGAUUAGAUAAGGCUGUAAAUUAAAUUGUUUAUCAGUAUUUUGAAUGAAUUAUAAAGAAUUUGGAAGAAAAAAAAAACAUUCAAUUUGAAUUCAAUUUCCU